CACACCGACAAAUCCGUCCCUUGCUAUUCAGCGUCAUAACCAUCAUCCUGCUAAGCCGAAGUGGUGAGCUCCUGGAAAAGCCGGGCGGAUAGGCAAGAGCGAGUCACGUGACCUCGGCUCAACAGCCUUCAAAUGCCGGUGCCAGCCGUGUUACACUCGGAGACCUGCAAUGGGUUCGGAGAGGUAUUCUCGGAUGGCUGAGGUGAUGUAGAAGGCAUUGUAUUAAGUCCCCGUCGUUUUGGAUUCGUAUAUCCCAGAUCCACCUGCAUUUCAAGAUCUCCUCAGCAUCCGCGGUUUCGUGAUCAAAUAUCUCCAAGAUACCACAAUCCCGCCAGCUUCCACCAUCAACCGCACGCCAUCCCAGCAUCCCCUUAUCACCAGUACACACAUAUCCACAAUCCGCAAAACCGUACUGUACAAAACGCGGAGCAACUACAUUAUCCCUCCAAACGUCCAAAUCCUCCAAAAUGGCCAUCCCCCACCCAACCCCCCCAGUCUCCCUAACCCCAAACGACGCACGCAUCCUCACCGCCCUCUUCGACCCCGAAACCCUCCCCUCCAACAUCUCCACCUCCAAAUCCCCUUCCACCAUCGACCCUUCUCUCCCCGCACAUCCCAGCAUCCCGUCGGAGAGACUCAAUGCCCUUGAGGCGCGGCAGAAUGAGCUCGUCAAGCGGACGGCAAACGCAUCCGGAGAAGAGGCAGAAAAAAUCCUGGAGGAAGUGGAGUACGAGUUACACGCCAUCAUCAAAGAGGAGGCGGAGUAUCCGAGCGCAUAUCUAAACCGCGCGAUGCUGCGCAGAAUGAGGCUGGAAAACGCGAUGAACUGCAGCACACCCACAUCCCCAUCCGAAACAGCAUCCGAAAAGGCAUCCCCUCCAACACAGUCAAUCUUCACAUACCACCCGGAAUCCCAUAUCGAACCCAUCUUCGCCGACCUCAGCAAAGCAAUCACGCUCUCCACCCCCUCCCCAUCCACCUCUCCAGCGUCAACAUACCAAGCGCGCAUCCUGCGAACCGCACAUUCGCACCGCGCAUACCUGUACCUCAAAGCUUCCGAGAGCGGGAACGGGAAACUGUUUAAAGGGAGAAGCAAAACCGACCUUGAAGAGCUGGCAUCUAGGGAUUUCAGUCAAGCGGCGAAGUACGGGGAUGAGGUAGCAAGGGAGAUGAGCGUGCGGACGAAUCCGUACGCGAAGAUGUGUGGGGCGAUUGUGAGGAAUGCGCUGAGGGAAGAGCGGGGGGAGGUAUGAUUUUGGUGUAAGACGAAAUUUCAGAAGGCGACGGCGACCUCGAGAGAGCCGGGGAGAGGGUUGAACCAGCGGAUCGGUGGAGGGAGGGUAGAACGAGCGUGUCUGAAGAUUAUGGUUAGGUGCCAGUGAGAGGAUUAAGAUAUCCGAUUCGUAAUCCAUAUUAGGGAAUUAUCAUCGCUGCAUACUUCACACCCACAGCAUUCUUUGGUAUCUCCGAGUAACUGAUGCAAAUGCGAUUCAUCGCCUGAGGGCGGAAACGGAGAAAAGACAUUGAGGCAUUGCAUUUG